CCCAAAAAAAAGAAGAAUGAUGAAGGAAGAAGGCGCUAAAGUUUAUGAAGGUACAAGGGGUGUUCCAGCAGUGACUACGCCAAACAAAAAUAAACCGAGAACAUCGGCUUCCAGUGGUGUUGUGGAGACUGUGAAAUUACGCCCCUCCAUGUAUCCUUAACAAAUUUGACGAAUGCAUGCCACAAACUACAGGAAAUGUGAACGCAAGACUUAGUAGAACUUCUUCGCAUUCUAUUAGAAGAUCAAUUUCAUCAGGCAGUCAUCGAACAACCAGAUCUCAGUCUCUAGUUCACGGAUCCAAAGUUGCGCUUGGUGGAAGACAUAAGAUGUCCAGUGGUGAUCUUACAAACGCGAGUGAUAAAGUUUCGGCUAUACAUCCUAUGACGACUAUUAUUGACGAAGAUGAUAGGCUUUCAGAACGUCGACGAAGUAUUCUUGAAAACGAAAUAUCAAAUACAAGUUAUGUAAAAAUACAGGAAUUAGCGUUACUCGCCGUUUGCUUGAUUACAGGAACGGCUCUCAUCGUUGUGGGAUUUGUUAUCGGAACGACCAAUGUACUUGUAGGAAUAAUCGGAAUUGUGGUUUUUAUCAUGGGAUUGAUAGGAACCGGAAGAACAAUUUUCAAAUAUCAUGUUGUCAGAUCGUCAAAUGAGGCGGGUUCAACCAGAGAAAAGAAGGGAAGCUAUACAACAAUUCCGAACUCAUCAAACAUAGAUGCAGAUCAAAUGACAGAAACUUUGUUAUCAUCAUUUAUGAAAAAAUAAAAUAUAUAUAUAUA